GAAUGGAUGGCUAUAAGUAGUAUAUGUUGAGAGGGUGGCAGAAAUCAUGGGGAAUUUUACCAGAAAUGGGUAAAGAUUCUGCCCAGAGAAACGCAAGAAGCAAUGUGAGCAUAUUAAGAGCAGGAAAGGAAAUGAAGCACAUUGUGCAAAUGACUGUCUUAGUGGAAAGUGUACAAUAUUUGAUGACUGUUGUACAAGAUGUCAAUAAUAAACAUCCCUUCCUACGUCUCCGUCUUAUCGUUUCCUAUAUUAUGGCCUUUCAAGGUUUUCUGUUGCAUCAUUCCUAUUUCUUAUUUUAUAUUGGUCUAAACACACAUAGAAUGUUUUAUUAAUCAAAA